GCUUUCUCUGAUGUUCUCUAGAUGGCGAUCGAAGAUAUCCGGGGCUAAAUAAAGAUGGAUGGAUAUAACCUCUUUCUUUGGGUGAUCUUCGUGAUAUAUUGUGAAUGGAAGUACAUAUUUUAGAAUUUGAUUAGUGAAAAUAUUACUUAAUACGUGAAAUCAACAAAAUGGGCAAAGAAAAUGAAACGGAUAGUACGAAGAAAAGGAAGAAAUCUGUGAGUGGAAGCGGUGGAACGACAGUGAAAGAUGGAGAUAUGUAUAAGACAAUAAUUAGUUAUGAAGAGAAGGAAGCUAUUGAAAGACUACCUGAAGAUGACUCUGAGUCCUUUUUGGCAACUUGCGAUAAUAUUCGAACUGCAAUGAGCAAAAUAGCUAAAUUAAAAUCCAGUGGAGACCCAAACGUAAAAGAUGAAAUUCGUGAACUACAAAUCCAGACAUCUUUACAUUUUAUAGAAUUAAAGAAACUAAAUCGCAUGGAAAAAUUUCGUACAAAAUUUGCACGUGAUUCCCUUGUGACAGCUAAAAGCAGUGUAGAUAGUAGACAUUUGCAUUUACAGAAUUUACUAUAUGAAGUAAUGCAUUUGAAAAAAGAGGUUAUCAAGUGUCUUCAAUUCAAAUCUAAGGACGAGUUGAUAGCACUUGUUUCAGAGGAAGAAUUUUACAAAGAGGCUCCUGAAAGUGUUUCGCGGCCUGAAAUAACCAGAAAUAAUCCACAUCAAUUAAGAUUAGCACGUUUGGAAUGGGAAUUGACACAAAGAAAGCAAUUGGCAGCAUUGUGCGACGAACUGACAGAAAGUAAAAAAGCAGUAGCAGCCAGUAUUGAUACAAAACAAACACGUUUGGAUAAUCUCGCACCACAGCUACGUUCAAUACUGGAGGCAAGCAAACCAUUGCAAGAGAGCCUUGGAUUGCCACUCGAUAAAAUCCGACAAGAGCACCAAAAGGCAUCAUUACUCGCAUCGCCACUUUAUGUCCUGUAUGCGAAGGCAUCCGCUUAUAGAGAUGCUUAUGAUAGUGCACUGCUAGUCAAAGUAGAAGGUGAUGAGGACGAAGCGAAACGUGCGAACGGUCAGGAUGGUUUACAAGAAUCCGAUUCAGACACUGAGAAUCAAUCGGAAAAUAUCGUGGAGGAAACGCCGGUACACAAGAAAAGACAUCACAGGUUAUCUCGCGAAGCCAGGCAAGAAGAAAAGAGAUCUAAAUUGUUGCAGCGACACCCGUUGCGUGUGAAAAUUGUGAUCGCUUUGAAAAGUGAAACGAGAUUGACUCUGCAUUUUUAUUACAUGAUUUAUUUAAAAGUAGUUACUGUAGAGUCGAAUCUUGAAACGGAAGAAUUAGGAAGUAUUAGUGCUGGGGACAUGUUAGUAUCAGAAUCGAUUCUUCGAGAGUUGUAUCCACGGGACUUGGGAUUAGAGAGUCCAAAUCCUGCCAAUCAUUAUCAACUGUCGCGACAUAAUUUGGGUCCAUUCUCAUCGUUGGGAUUAGGUAUUCCCUAUAGAUGGGCACAGAGAAUGGCUGGUCUGACUUUCGUCUCACCUGAUGCGCGUGAACAAAAGCUCACAAGUCAAGAAUUGAGUCAAGAUUGCGUCGAGAGUGUCUUGAAAGAAAUCAAGCGGCGCGUAAAAGCGAGAUUGGACUUGUGUAAAGAAAUACGACACCUCGAGUCCGGCAAUCUACCAAUCCUCGUCAGCACGACGGAUCCGAUGCCGCAGAAGAUCUCUACGUCACUGCAUCGAUUCACGACCAUGACUUGGAAGAGUUACUCGAAUUACGUCUCUUCGUCGACUUUCUGUCAACGGGAACUACUGUCGUCUAUAGAUAUUUUCUACGAGGCUGUACUCCGACGUGGAAGCAGUGAGCUCGUGGCGAGAAUCGCUAUCAAACCAGAUUAUCCGAAAAUAGCGCCGGUAUUCAGCGUCAGUAUCAGCCCUAUGGUUCCGGCAUCGGCUGAUAUCGUCAGAGACAUUGAGAGAGAAGUCAAUGUGAUGUGGAAGAAAUCACCGACAUUAAUUGCGCAGAUACAGCGCCUGAGAGCAUGUUUCGACAUCUACUUAGAGACGGAGAGCAUGGCACCGAAAGAGAAAAUAUUCUUCCAUCCUGUGAGAGGAAGGACUCGCGCUCGACCAUACAAAUACUUGCCGCUGGGAGGAGGCAUAUUUACUCACCGUUAGAUAAUAAAUUAUUUCUCACAAUAUCUGCUCCUUGAUUCUCCAGUGUCUCGUACGUAGAAAAUUGGACUAUUAAUUAUAAGAGAAAUGAUAAAAAUAGUCUUACUUUAAGUGUCUAAUUACGUAUAUUUUUUCAUUAACUUUCAAUUAUCAAAGAAUAUUGAAUUUCUUUUUGGAUAUAGUAGAAAUAUAAGUACUAUACUUUCAUACGACAACAGAAGUAAAUGGCCGUGCAGCCGGAGUUCUGGAAACUGUUAUGAGAUAUGUACGCAAUGUGUUUCUCAACUGUUUGUUUUCGAACGACAGCUUGUCACACUCUUUCUUCAUAAAAAUAUUGUCGGCUUUAAUGUAAUUAUACUGUUCCCAAAAUUUCUCCAACUUGUCAAACGGCUCCGACAUCUAUGAAAGCGAUUUCGUAUAGCAACUUUUCAACACUCAUUUCUUACAUGAUACUUACGCAGCUAGUAAAAGCUAUCCUGGAUCCUGUAUCGCGUAGAGUGUAUUUUUGAACAGUUAGCGAAAAUGGCUCUAAGUUCGAACACAUUUUUAACAACGAAAGCAGCAUCGUGCCUUUCUCUGAAAUUCUCUGCAACUCCUGCAAAUCAAAUAUCUUAAAAAAUGCAUAUCUUUCAAACUAUAAUAUUUAAGCUCUCUAAAUUUUCAAUUUAGUAUAACAAUAAUGAAUCAGAGUUGGAUAAUUUUUGAAAAUAAUUAUCUUUCAUAUAAAACUUGAAAGAGAUGGUCUCUCUUACUUUCAGAACACUGGCGCUGAUAAUGGUUAAUUUUUUCAAUUGUGUAGCGUCCAGCAUUCGUACCAUCGAGAAUUCCUGCCUCAAGCUCUGAAGUCUCUUCCCCAUCUGCACAAUGUGAUCCUUAAGUUCCGUUAUAGUCUGUUCGCGUUUCUGUGCUAAUGCUUGCAUGUCCUGUUUUAGAUUUUUAAUCACGUUCUGCAAUUGUGUGUGUAAUUUCGGAUAUUGCGCCACAUCGGCAUGAUAAGCAUCGUCUUGUUCCUUCAAGUACUCAUACUGUUUUCUUUUGUCUCUUGUGCUUCUUUCGUACUCGGUUAUCGUCUCAUUAAGCUGUCGCCACAAUUUCUCAAUCUCAUUAGAAGUGUAUUGCAUUAAAUGCGAUACGGAGUCUUCCUUCUGAAAUAAAAAAUAUUUUCGGAUGGAAAAAUUAAUUUGUUACAAAAUAAUAAUGAAAUAUGUUAUUUUGUUGCAAAAUAAUGAAAUAUAUGCCCAUACCAGAUAUACAACACUAUAUGUGUUAAUGGCAUUUUGAAUUUUCGUUUGCGUUAGUGUGUGUUCUAUCUGUUUAUCUUGCUUAAAGAUUAUACUUUGCACUUGUUCGCAACGUUGUUCUAGAUUCUUUCGAAUUCGAUUCAAUUCUUCCACCUCGUUUGAAGCGAUAUGAUCACGUUCAUGUACGAAGGACCCAUGUAAUCGAGUACAUAUUUGCUUGUACUUUCCUAUAUGUGAUAUUAAUAAGUAAAUUUUACAAAAAUGAAAAUUAGCAUAAUGUUCAAAAUUCUAUUUGGAACUUGGAAUUAGAAUUUUCGAUCAGGAAUUAAAAUAUUCGACUGUUUUAUGCACAAAUUUAGACGAUAUUACGCUAGAUGUAUGAGAACUACCGAAUAUGAGAUCUAUUAUUUGAAUAUGAGCCUCUUGUAGCCUUCUGUGAUCCAAAUCUGCCGCAUCUAACUCGUUAUAUAAACGUUGUAUUAUAGAA